AUGCAUUCCUUCCACCAUGAGCUAGCGGCUAGAGCGAAUUUGCAAGACUUGAAGCAAAUCAGUAGCUGGUCCAGCAAAGAAAGAUUAACGACGCAAGUGAUCUACGAUAGAUCCAAGCAAUGUUAUAUUGCUGCCUUCAACGAGAGGAAGAUACGCCUAUGGUCGGAAGAGGAGGCAAAUUUGAACAAUGUGAAGGGAUACAAGUUUCAAUCCUCGCUUUACGCUAUUCUGCCGAAUGGUAACUCGUCGCCUAUUUUGGUACAGCAAAAUGGAGCUACGGCUUCUCUCGAAUGGGCGAUUGACAACAGGAAGACUUGGACAAGUAAGGGUAUAAUUAAGACCAAGGAAAAAUUAUUGGAUUGUCAAUUGAUACAUUUAAAUGGAAAGACAAGUUUGUUCUACUUGACAAAAGUGGAAGAGGUCUACAACUGUAUAGUAGUUGGGUUAGAGGACAUUACCUAUUUGGAGAAAACUAAUACUAUCAGGAGAAUAGAAUUGAAACGAAGAGCCGAAGAUCUUAUGGGACACGUUAUAAUACAUCAUAAGAAUGAUGCUUAUCUGUUAACUUUAUGGUCACAUGGCGGAUUGUACAGUCACUUCUUAACAGGGAUAUCUUCUACCAACAUGGAAUCCACCAAAUUCAUCAUUGUAAUUACCAAUAUCAAUACAAAGUAUCCCGUCGUUAUGACAUACUUGAAUGAGACAAUUAUAGCGAUUUACGGUGCUGACGUCGCAGACGAAGGAGCGAUUCUCAUGAUAUAUAAUGUACAAUUCAAGUCGGCGCAAGCGGUGCAAAAACUAAAACUUUAUACUAAUGAUGCCAAGCUUUGGAAGGUAGAGGACAAAUUAUUGCUCGCGGCAAACAGACAUUUGGCUGUCGCGCCUUAUCACCUCGCGCCACAAAGAAUCGCCACUAUGUUGGGCUCGUCUUUACGCUUCAAAAAUGUCAACGCAGAAAGUGACGCGGAUGAUAUUAUCGUGAUACAGGAAGCGACAGUGGCUCAAUGGGACAAGAAUCAAACGCGCGUGAGGAAUGCAUCUAUAGGUCGAAUACCUUCUAAUAUCUCGAAACAGAUCUGCGUUUAUUUAAACGAAGGAUGGAAUGAUGCCGCGAUACAGGAGACAUUAAUCCCAUUAUUAAUGGAGUCUGGAGACGUCGCGUCCAUCUGUGGAUGUCUCGACACAUUUCAAGAUUUGCCAGAGAAAUUACUGGUGGAUCUUUUGGUGUUUGCCCUCGAGACUUCGGACAAAGUAUUCGUUACUGUGCAAAACGGCACAACCGAUAUCACGUCGAAAGUCGAUCUCUAUUUGAGAAAUAAUUUUCUCGACAAAGUAUUUAGUAUCAGCUAUUCCAGCGUUUCUCUGUUACCUCGUCUGAAGACUGGUUUAACUUUCGACCAGGUACUUAAACUGUUGAAAUAUUUAAUGUGUAAAUUGAACGACAAAACGGAUUCGCCUGAUGAUAAUUCGCACCUGAGCGACCAGCAGCUAUACGAAUGGUCCUGUAUGCUUCUCGAUUCUCAUUAUCAGCAUUAUUUAUUGUCGCAAGACACACACGUUUUAGAACUUUUUAAUCGACUCAAUUCUGUUCUAGAGGAACAUUUUCAAUUUUUGCAAGAUCUUGUGAAUUUGAGACCUAUGAUAGACAGGACCAGUAAUGGAAAAUCAUUACGAUCUUCUUCGAGAAAACAUAAUAAAUUCUACUCUAUAGAAGAAAUAAAACUUUAUUAAAUUAGCAAA